CGCUUCCUCUCCUUCCUUCUCCCGCUUCCCACCAGCUGUCGUAAAAGGGUGAAUGGAGAGCGAGUUGUGGGGGGGAGAGAGGGAGGACAGGGGGCGCGGAGUGAGAGUGGCGCAGCAAGUGGCUGCAGGUGGCGACGGUGGCGGGGGGUGGGGAGUGAGGUAGUCCCGGGGUCGCGGAGGAGGCGGCGGCGCAGAGGGUCCCAAGGAAACUCAAGCUGCAGUCUGGCCUACGGGUCCGGGGGCCGCGGAGCCCCCACCCGCGGAGAUGGACCUCAACCGGAUCAUCCAGGCGCUGAAGGGCACCAUCGACCCGAAGCUCCGGAUUGCAGCGGAGAACGAGCUCAACCAGUCCUACAAGAUUAUCAAUUUUGCCCCCAGUUUACUUCGGAUUAUAGUUUCUGACCAUGUGGAAUUUCCAGUACGCCAGGCAGCUGCCAUUUACCUGAAGAACAUGGUGACACAGUACUGGCCGGACCGAGAACCUCCACCGGGAGAAGCAGUAUUUCCAUUCAACAUUCAUGAAAAUGAUCGUCAGCAAAUACGUGAUAACAUUGUGGAAGGAAUAAUUCGGUCUCCCGAUUUAGUGAGAGUCCAGUUAACGAUGUGUCUCCGCGUCAUCAUUAAACAUGAUUUUCCUGGUCACUGGCCCGCAGUGGUUGACAAGAUAGACUAUUACUUGCAGUCACAGAGCAGCGGAAGCUGGCUCGGCAGUUUAUUAUGUCUGUAUCAGCUGGUGAAGACGUACGAAUAUAAGAAAGCAGAAGAAAGAGAACCUUUGAUAGCAGCAAUGCAGAUAUUUCUGCCUCGUAUUCAGCAACAAAUCAUGCAGCUCCUUCCCGAUUCCUCCCAUUAUUCUGUAUUACUGCAGAAACAGAUUCUGAAAAUCUUUUAUGCACUUGUGCAGUAUGCAUUGCCUCUUCAGCUAGUGAAUAACCAAACCAUGACAACGUGGAUGGAGAUAUUCCGAACUAUUAUUGACAGGACAGUUCCUCCUGAGACUCUGCAAAUCGAUGAGGAUGAUAGGCCGGAACUAGUCUGGUGGAAGUGUAAGAAGUGGGCACUGCAUAUUGUAGCUCGUCUCUUUGAACGAUAUGGAAGCCCAGGAAAUGUCACGAAAGAAUAUUUUGAAUUUUCUGAAUUCUUUUUGAAAACCUAUGCAGUGGGAAUUCAGCAGGUACUACUAAAAAUUUUAGAUCAAUAUAGACAGAAAGAAUAUGUGGCCCCCCGUGUUCUUCAGCAGGCAUUCAACUAUCUCAACCAAGGGGUUGUUCACUCUGUCACCUGGAAGCAGAUGAAGCCACACAUACAGAAUAUCUCUGAAGAUGUGAUUUUUUCCGUGAUGUGUUAUAAAGAUGAGGAUGAAGAGUUGUGGCAGGAAGAUCCAUGUGAGUAUAUAAGGAUGAAAUUUGAUAUUUUUGAAGAUUAUGCUUCUCCCACUACAGCAGCCCAGACUCUCUUAUAUACUGCUGCAAAGAAAAGAAAAGAGGUGUUGCCCAAAAUGAUGGCGUUCUGUUACCAAAUCCUGACAGACCCAAACUUUGACCCUAGGAAGAAGGAUGGAGCCCUGCACGUGAUUGGCUCUCUUGCUGAGAUUUUAUUGAAGAAGAGUUUAUUUAAGGACCAAAUGGAAUUGUUUCUACAGAAUCACGUAUUUCCGUUAUUAUUGUCUAACCUGGGAUAUCUUCGCGCUAGAUCCUGCUGGGUACUUCAUGCUUUCAGUUCUUUGAAGUUUCAUAAUGAGCUCAACCUGAGAAAUGCAGUGGAAUUAGCAAAGAAGAGCCUGAUUGAAGAUAAGGAGAUGCCUGUCAAAGUUGAAGCUGCCCUUGCUCUUCAGUCAUUGAUUUCUAACCAGAUACAAGCUAAGGAAUACAUGAAGCCACAUGUGAGGCCUAUUAUGCAGGAGCUGUUGCAUAUUGUUAGAGAGACAGAGAACGAUGAUGUUACUAAUGUUAUCCAGAAGAUGAUAUGUGAAUACAGUCAAGAGGUAGCCUCCAUUGCUGUUGAUAUGACCCAACAUUUGGCGGAGAUAUUUGGCAAAGUUCUUCAAAGUGAUGAAUAUGAAGAAGUUGAAGACAAAACAGUAAUGGCUAUGGGAAUUUUGCAUACUAUUGAUACUAUCUUGACGGUUGUAGAAGAUCAUAAAGAGAUUACGCAGCAGCUAGAGAAUAUCUGUCUACGAAUCAUUGAUCUCGUUUUACAGAAACAUGUAAUUGAAUUCUAUGAAGAAAUUCUUUCGCUGGCAUAUAGUUUAACCUGUCACAGUAUUUCCCCUCAGAUGUGGCAGCUUCUAGGCAUAUUAUAUGAAGUUUUUCAGCAAGAUUGCUUUGAAUACUUUACAGACAUGAUGCCUCUCCUGCAUAAUUAUGUGACAAUAGAUACAAAUACUUUACUAUCAAAUCCAAAGCAUUUAGAAAUCCUUUUUACAAUGUGUAGAAAGGUGCUGUGUGGGGAUGCAGGAGAAGACGCAGAAUGCCAUGCAGCCAAGCUUCUUGAGGUCAUCAUUCUUCAGUGCAAAGGAAGGGGAAUUGAUCAGUGCAUUCCACUCUUUGUUCAGCUUGUCUUGGAGAGAUUAACCCGAGGGGUCAAAACAAGUGAGCUGCGCACCAUGUGUCUGCAGGUGGCCAUCGCCGCCUUGUACUACAACCCGGACCUGCUGCUGCACACGCUAGAGCGGAUCCAGCUGCCUCACAACCCUGGGCCGAUCACUGUGCAGUUUAUCAACCAGUGGAUGAAUGACACAGAUUGCUUCCUUGGGCAUCAUGACCGGAAGAUGUGUAUAAUAGGACUGAGUAUCCUUUUGGAAUUACAGAAUCGACCUCCUGCAGUAGAUGCUGUGGUGGGACAGAUUGUGCCCUCAAUCCUUUUCCUUUUUCUUGGUUUGAAGCAAGUCUGUGCUACCAGACAACUGGUAAACCGGGAAGAUCGAUCAAAAGCAGAGAAAGCCGACAUGGAAGAAAAUGAGGAGAUUUCAAGUGAUGAAGAGGAGACUAAUGUCACUGCUCAAGCAGUGCAGCCAAAUAACGGGAGAGGCGAAGAUGAGGAAGACGACGACGAUGACUGGGAUGAAGAAGUACUGGAAGAAACUGCCCUUGAGGGGUUCAGCACCCCGCUUGACCUUGACAGCAGCGUGGACGAAUAUCAGUUCUUCACACAAGCUCUGCUAACUGUGCAGAAUCGGGAUGCUGCCUGGUACCAGCUGCUGAUGGCCCCGCUCAGCGAGGAUCAGAGGAGAGCACUGCAGGAAGUGUACACACUGGCAGAGCACCGGAGGACGGUGGCAGGUCAGCCAGAGUCAUCUCCAGAUGGGAGUGCAUGUCUCAGAGUGCCAGUAGUCAGCCGUCCUUGAUGAGUGAGAGGCAAAGAAGAAGAUUGAACAACAAGGAGGCUUCACAUUUGAAAACAAAGGUGUCCUCUCUGCCUUUAACUUUGGUCCUGUGCCCAGCAACAACUGAAGGAAGGCAGCUCGGCUGACCAAAUGGCAUCGCCCCAUUUGACUUCACAGGGGAGUGUGAGCGUCAAGGGGAGUGUGUGGGGGCUGCUUUCCAGAGCCGCCUGCCAUGCUGGUUACCAUCUGGCAUUAGGCAGCACUUUCAUCCACUCCACCUUUCCCCUUUGACCUUGCCCACCCGGAAAUACAUAUUUCAAACAGUUACUGUAACCUAUGAAAUUGAUGAAAAACAGUCAUUGGACUAAAGAGGACAGACCAUAAGCUCCAAUGGCUGAAUGCCCAAGGCGGUUUUAGAGUACCGGAUCAAUGUGCACGUCUCAGGUUUUCGCCAUGCAGAAUCAAUGGAUUUAUGCGGAUAACAGUGCCUUCCGUUGUACAUGAAUUAUCAGAAAACUUUUUUUGGAGUGCAUUGUAAUUUUUUUUAAAGCAUAAAACAUAUUUCUAAAUACAGUGUAAACCCUUGGUUAUAUGUCGAUUUAUUAUGCAUUUUACUCUGUGAAUUUACUGUUAGGCAGUUCACUGCAAGUCACUCUGGUUUCAAAAACAUCACUGCUCCCUCCGCUUACCCUGCUGUGGGGGCCUUUCUUCAGGGGUUGUGAAAUAUGCACUGGCUCUGGUUUUUAUAAGAUGUUUCAUGGCUUUUUAAAGAAGUGUCUUAUUCUCUCUUCUGUUAUAUUUUUCUGCCUUGAAAGUAGUGGUAUUUCUUUUGGGGUCAACAAAUGAGUGUUAUCAGUUUCAUUCACAACCUGGUGAGUUCAGGAUUCACUCAUUUUUUGGCAGCAAGUGGCAGGGGCUCUCUAGUCACUGGACUUAACAGUAGGUCUGAGUAUAUUCUGAAUCAUGUACCUAAUUUUGUAGUCAAGUGAUACCUAAAGCACAUUGAACUUCUAAAUGAAAGGUGCUGCCUGGCACACUGUCUUUCUGGAUGGAGGAUUUUUCGGUAACUUACCAUUCCAAUGGGGUUGGACCAGGGUCCAAAGCAUUUUACAACGAUAUUUUUUUUUUAUCUAGGAAAAAGACCCAAACAAAUCUAAUUUCUUGCUUUUUCACAUAUCCGAAUUUUCCUCUGCCUAAUUUGAACCAGUUCUAGACCAGAACAUGGAUCAUAGUGUUUUCAUUUGGUGAAACGAAAGUGUCCACAACUGAACGUAUUGCUGGGUGUGAUACAGCCUUCCAUUUUCUUUCCUUUACUCAUGAUAGGCACGUGUAGGUGCACCUGAGACCAAGAGUGAGAGAGGGAGGAAGAGAGAAGGAAAGGACCACCCUCCACAGUCUGGUCAGGCCAUGAUCUCUUUCCUUCCGUCCUCCAGCCUGUCAGAUAUUGGACACUUGCCCAUGUGUUUCAGGUUGCCUGGGCCAAGUAUUCAAACUGUGGUCGCCAUGUGGAAUCCAGCUUCCAUUGAAGAGCUCUUUACCGCUGUGCCACAGAGCUGCCCUGGCUUUUCCAUUCAUGUGAAAUGUCUGCAGCUUAAAUUUCCCGUCAGUGACGAGAGGAUGUUUUUCUUCGCAGGUGUUUCCUGUAUUAACAUCCCUUAUGAAGAUUCAUAUUCAUAUUAACUUGUUUUUAGAGUUUUAGGUUAAGUAAUUUUUUUUACAGAAGUAGUGUGAAAAGCCAUGAAUUUUGGAAUUAAAUGACCCCCUGCUUUCCUCUGUUUCUCUUUUCAGUGUCCAAGGCAUUGAAACUGAAUGUGCCAACUUGGCAGUUAGAAAAGAAAGGUGGCAUUGAGGGAAUUUCAGAGAGCCUUGAAACUCUUUAUUUUCCCCAUUUCUCAUAUGGUUUAAUUUUAACAAAUAAUAUGCCUUCACACUGGAUUUUAAAAGGCAUGGGAUGUUAGAGAUUUUAUUUUGUGAUAUAUUCUGCAGUAUUAAAGGGAAAGAAGUAUUAAUGUGCAUCACGCCAUCUUGUUUUUGAAGCCAGGGUAAGUUGUAUGAUUUUGUUACCAGCAGUGCUAACCUGAAUGUGAUCUGGUUACCUUGGAAAUGCAGGAACUUAUAUGAAUGUACUGUAAAAUAAAAUGCAAACUGAUUCCCAGGA